AUGGCUCCCAGUGCCGAAAGAGGUGCCUUGGGUCUUCAACCACUGACGCAACAACAACAACAGGAGAAGCGGUAUCGGUCUAUGCAAGAACACAUUCGACGUGCACAUCCCAACUACUAUAUACCCAAAUUACCUGCCACCGAGGAGAGUUUCCAAUUGAUGAUUUCAACACCUCCAUCACAAAGACCGCAGCCUCCUCCUGGCGCGACUCCCCCUGCGAGGAAAUCGGACGCGAGUGACCACGCUCGUUAUCCUGCAAUUGCUGGAAAUCCUGAACAACCAAGUGGACUUCCCUCCCAGGUGCCAGGCCCUGCCAACGCUGCAGUCGCCCUUGCGCAAUUGCACAAUUGGGAUUCAGAUUUUGAUGUGUUCCCAGACCCAGAUUACAAACGCGACUCUGGUCUUGAACUACCAUCACUUCGUGCCGCCUUCCAUGAAGAUACCUUGCCGCCAUUUCAACCGUCACGCACCCGAGAAUUACUACCAUCUAUUCUACAGUCCCCCAGCAGUCGAUACUCAUCAUUACCACCCAUACAACGACGAGAAAAGUUGCAGCGGCCUAGAAAGCCUUCGAUGGGUCAGCAAGCACGGAAAGGAAAGCACGAACGCGGAAAAUCUAGGGAAUUCUCGGCCAAGGAUUUUACCCGACGGCUAAGCGUCGAAGGUCGCAAAGCCAUGUCUGCCGAACCACCAACGGCCGCCUGGGUCCAAGGAAAACGAUGGGAAGAUCUGAUCGAGGCUGCCACGAGCGCAACAGACGCUGAUGACGAUCGUGAUCUCACUCCCAUGCCGCAAUCUCCAAAUUUUCCGCCCUCCACCAUGAGCGCUGCCAACGCUGCAGCCGCUCUCACUGGCACUGGGGCCCUAGCAGCUCCCCAUCCCACCACGCGACGGCUGUCCGCGGCGGACAGCACUGCAGCAGGUGGAGGGGCAAGCAAGCGAUCAUCCCUACCACCAGGCUUCCGUCCUCUCGGCUCCUACCUAGGACAGCACCAAGGAGGCCAUUACAAUGCCUCUCCGCUGCAGCGCGCAUUGACGCCACCGCCACCCGACUCGAUGGGUCCGAACGAUCCCGAACCUUUUCCUUCGGUCGAGUCACUGGAGAGCGCGGGAUCAGGGCAGAAUUUCCACAUCUCAGGAUCUGGCCUACCGUCUGUAUCGUCCAACGAUAACACUAGCCCGCUGCAGCAUCACUCACACCCCUAUCAGCAUUCGCAGUCAUCCUCGUUUGGCAGCAAAUCGGAAGUUUUGGAAAUCUACUGUGCAUCCUGUGGUCGGCCAUGGCUGCUCAGAAAUGCCUUUGCAUGCACCGAGUGUAUCUGUGGCGUCUGCAGCGACUGUGUUGGACAGAUCAUCAGUAGUCCUGUCGUCACCGUCCAACCAGGAUUCGCUCCGAUGCGCCGCGGCUGCCCCCGCUGCGGAGUUAUGUAG